GCCCCAUCGCGGCAUACUUCCACAGCAGACGACCUGACUGCCUUCACCACCGUAUGCGGGAGUAGAUACACAGCACGGUCAAAGCUGCCACAAAGGGCGAGAUGACAAAGAACUCUCUAUCAGUCUGUCAGACGCACAUGCUUGCCAAGGUCUCUUUUGCCCAGGCCACUUGCAACAGCGCUGUAGCCGACUUCUCUCUCAAUGCGGCCUUUGAGGACGGCAAUCAGCACUAUGAUCUGUUGACAGCGUCUAUGGUAAAGUCUCGCAUUUAGUUUUUGCUUGACCCAUGUCACUACUCAUGCUGCUGAAGUUUGGUCUCAUUUUGGCAUUGGCUGAUCACCUGCAGGUCCAUCAGCUCUGCCAAACCUGCGUUACGUAUGGGGAACACUUGCUUGGUGACGCUUUGAAGUCAAACACUUCUAGCGCAGCAGCAGAGAAACUACUUCUCCGCUCCACGGAUUGGCUUCGCAAAAGUUUGAAGCUGCUGGAAAGAGCCGAGCAAGGCUCUCUUCCUCACUUCGCCGAACUUCAAGCACGCGCUCUCCGUCGUCUUGCCAGAAGCUUCUUCGAGCUUGGCUCAAAGGAAGGAUGUCCCACCAAAAGCGAUGCUCUCGCCUCGGCCGAAGCAGCUCUCGGAGAGCUGAUCAGUUUCUAUCGACAGCGAUCGUCUGCGGCGGGUCAAGACGCUAAUUUACUGCUGCUCAGGGUCGACAUAUUGCACAAGCGAGAUGCUCCACUGCGUACACUGCUGGAGGCGGUGCGAGAUCUGUUGACAUCGAAAAGCCUCGAGGCCGCUGCCGUCGACAGACUACUCGCCAUCGUCCGAGCGCGCGGAUCGCAGCUGGAAUUUGUAAGGGAGGCAGUGAAGUUGCUCUUGCAGCGACUUGUGCAGGACACAGCUUCUCCUACUGCACCAGACACCAUUACGCGCGUCGUACUUACGCUUGCCCUAGUCAGUAAGAGCGCUGCCUCUGUGCCAGUCCUUCGCGACACGCUCGAUCUCCUUGAGCAACUGGACUUCCACAUCUCUCGCGAUGGUGGCCUCGCAAUCCAGAUGCUCUGCUGGCGACAUGGUGAAGGUCUGCAGGGUCGAUCAGCUGAGCCUGACCACCUUUUGGCUGCGUCAUUCUACGAGAUUGCAAUGCACCCAAUGUUCAAGAAGAUGGACAAGAACGUAGCGAGGACUGCAAGGAAGGUGGCUUUAUGCUACCUUGAAGCUGGACGUCCCGAGGCGGCCCAACAGGCUCUACAUGCCUGCCCUCCUCACCUAGCUGACGACGCUCUCAAUCACUACAUCAACUUCGACAUUGCUGUGCGCAUGCGACGAGAAGAUGACGCUUUUGCUGCAUUGCAGGCGUUGCUUGGUUCUCCCAACUUCCGCAGCGUCAUGUUGCCAACCGUUGUGCAAGUGGCACAAGAAGCCCGCUUCGAGCGAGUCGUGUACCACGCUAUGCGAAGUAUCUCUGAGCAAGCGCAAGUGGACGCUUCGAUCGGCAGAGAGGUGGAUGCAGUCGUGCUGACGCGCUCAUUGGUCAAGCACAGCCUGCCCCAAGAUGGCCUCUCCUAUGAUCAGGCUACGGCUGAAAUCGUCAUCGAGCAUCUGGAGAACAAUUUGAGUGCACUGAAGAAGAGGGCCGAGCUUGACCCCACUGACGCACGAGCCUGCAAAGAGGCCGAGUGGAGCUACAGGACGGCUUUCAAUGCUGCUCUUCUGAUGUGCGACGUAGUCGAUAGCUUGACGGCAGCCAAAGCCUUUGACCUAGCGCUCGCUCUGGCGCAGUGCCGUGAGACUCUCACUGCCCAGCCGGCCGACAAGCAGAUUCACUCCACCAAGCUCUGGUCAUCUCUCCCCUCACUGGUAGCUCGCUCUGCAGUGGCCCGCCGAGGAGACCUCGAUGAAAGAGAGACAAGGUUUUUGUGGCUGCAGUGCCGCACUAGUGCAGCAGACACCUGGUCCCUACUCAAGAGCGCUCGUGAAGUUGCAGUAUCAGAAGACGCCGAGAGUAGUGCCGAGUGGACCUUGAUGGUACUCGAGUACGAGGCAAUGUCAAGAUUGGACGAUUGGACCGGAGCUGCAAAGGCGCUCCAGACUGCUUUGGAGAACAAGAGGGCGCCAGUGAAGGUCGUCGAGACUAUGGCGGACAUUGCUUGGGGCUCGAAGAGCUGCACGGCCCAGCACCUGCAAGAAGUACUGACGGCUGCCUUUGAGAAGAUGAAGGAAGAGAUUAGUAACGAGCCCGACACGCACCGUCUCGCACGCUGGCUACGUGCCCUCCUCGCCACCCUUCUCUGCCAGCCUCACAGUAAUGGCAGUAGCAGUACACCUUAUGCUACCGCUCUGGAGCACCUACAGUUCAUCGCGCACCGUCUGGGCAAGAAGGAGGUGGCACAGAUGUACCCGCCGGACGAGAAGGCUUGGCUGCUCAGCACGGCGUGGGAUGCGGGCAUUGAGUUGUACCACUUGGGAGAGUACACCAGCGCCAAGACCUUCUGCGAAGUGGCCCUCUCCCUGGGUCAGCGCGAGGCUUGCUCGCCCGUCACGCUUGGCCAGAUGAACGUCCAGUACGCGUGAGUUGGCAGGCGGUCGUCGAAGUAGAGUCCAACAAUAGUAGACUCUCCUUGGG